CCCCGGGAUUAAUCCCGAACCUUCCAUCCGUCCGGUCCGGAAUUCGAAUAAUAAAGCAGAUAAAGCCACGCCUGCCACGCACACCACACGGGAUCAGCCGAUCGGGCGCCGAUGCACGCGCCGCAGCGGAAGCACCGCGUCGAGGUGGCCGGGCGGGCGCUCGCCGUGGCGGAGCGCGACGGCACGCACGACCCGGCCACGGGCCGCGCGCUCACGGGCUCCUGGCUCUGGGACUCGGCGCUCGUCCUCGCCUCCCACCUCGCAGCCUCCGAUCAUGCCAACCCCAUCCUCCGCGGCGCCACCGUGGUGGAGCUCGGCGCCGGCGCCACGGGGCUCCCGGGCAUCGCGGCCGUGUCGUGCCUCGGCGCACGGCGGUGCGUGCUCACGGACGCGGCGCCGGCGCUCCUGCCGGGUCUCAGGGCUAACGCCGACGCCAACGGGCUCGACGCCGCGCAGGCCGACGUGCGCGAGCUCCGCUGGGGGGACGACUUGCCGGCCGAUCGUGGUGGGCUGGUGGGGCAGGUGGACGUGGUGCUCAUGUCGGACGUGUUCUACGACCCCGAGGAGAUGCCGGCGCUGGCGAAGACGAUGCAGGCGCUGUGGCACUGGCGGGAGGAAGAAGACGACGGUGGGAGUAUUGCGGACACGGUGGGGUGGGCGGCGAGCGAGGCGCGGGACGGCGUGGAGGAGUGCGUGGGCGUGCUGCGGAAGGAAGGGUUCGAGGUGGCCGAGGUGGAAAGGGUCACCAGGCCGCUGCUGCGUGAGCGUGACCCCGACGCCGGGAAGGACGCCGAGUUCGUCGUGUAUCGCCUCCAACUACGGCGGCCUCCUCGUGGUGGAUGAUCGAGGUUGAUUGAUCGCUUCGCUUCGCUUUCGUUGGGUCGAUCCAGCUCGUGAUUCACCGACCGAACCACCCCCAUCGCUUUGGGUACUAUUUCGUCUCGUUCUUUUUCCGUGAGUUACUUGCUUUCCCACACACUUUGUACGUUCCGAGCUGCAAAUUCAGCGCGUUUCGCGUUCAAAUGUUAUUGUACGACGUGGGGGAAAAGCGAAUGACUAAGCAGAGUGUUGUCUUCUUCUUCUUCUUCUUUUUUGCGGGAGUGUUAUCCCCUAACCAACAUAUUUUCUGUACAAUUUGACGUGUUCUCAGUUGACCAAAUGAUGGAUAUAUUAAUGAAAUGAUGAUCUGCUCCAUUCGUUUACAAAUAUCUA